AUGCAUCACGAGAUAGCUAAAUACUCUCUCGUGGCUAAAACUAAAUGAAAUUAUUUGACCAAACUGAAUCACCCACAACUUCCUUUUCUUUUUUCCUUCUUUUGACAAUAUAAGAAGCACCCACAUUAUAACUUAUCAUCCAAAAUAAGUAGCUUCUGCUCCCGUUUAUCUGUCUUCUAAAUUGGGAUUACUCUAUUUGACUUUUCAUUAUUCUUUGUUAUUUUAUUUCUUUUUAUGCUCAUUUUUUGUCUGGUUAUAUUGUAUGAUAUGGAGUUUCUCUCUCUCCUUUCCACAAUUGGAAAUAAGCUAGGCACUAGAUUUAGCCUCCGUUUUGUACAAUUUUCCCGGGAAAUUGUCAUUUUGAUCUCAUUCUAGAUUAAGAAUUUGACUUUAUCUUCUUUUAUUAUUGUUGGGGUUUGAACAGGGAGGAACAUUUCAAUUCAACUGUGCUGCUGAGAUGAGUUUGAGUAACGGGAAUGCCGUGAAGCCCUUCAAGAUCUUCGUGGGGUAUGAUUCACGUGAAGACGUUGCCUUUGAGGUAUGCCGCUACUCCAUCUUGAAGAAGUCUUCGAUCCCCGUUGAGAUCAUACCAAUCAAGCAAUCAGAUCUGAGAAAAAGUGGCUUGUAUUGGCGCGAAAAGGGCCAAUAUGAGAGCACCGAAUUCUCCUUCUCGAGAUUCUUGACUCCCUAUUUGGCCAACUACGAGGGUUGGGCAAUGUUUGUGGAUUGUGACUUCCUCUACUUAGCAGAUAUUAAGGAGCUGAGAGACCUUAUUGUUGAUGAAAAGUAUGCUAUCAUGUGUGUUCAGCAUGAUUAUGCUCCAAAAGAGACCACAAAAAUGGAUGGGGCAGUGCAAACCGUGUAUCCCAGAAAGAAUUGGUCUUCUAUGGUGCUGUAUAAUUGUGGGCAUCCCAAGAACCGUGUUCUAACUCCUGACCUUGUGAACUCACAAACGGGUGCUUUCCUUCACAGGUUUCAGUGGCUCCAAGACGAUGAAAUUGGCUCCAUUCCAUUUGUUUGGAACUUCCUUGAGGGGCAUAACAGGGUUGUCGAGAGUGACCCGAGUACUUUACCUAGGGCCAUCCAUUAUACUCGUGGGGGCCCAUGGUUUGAAGCUUGGAAGAACUGUGAUUUUGCUGAUCUCUGGCUUAAUGAAAGGGAUGAAUACCUGAACAAUGAGGCCAAAAAAGCAAUUACAAAUUGAAUCAGCUUAAUUGUGGCAAUAAAUACAUUCUGGGAAGUACUUGGAUCGAUGGUUUCGCUUUUACUUCGUAUCAGCAAUCUUUCUGCCAGGGCAAUAUGGUUCAUAGAGAGGUCUGGAUGUUUAUAUGGGUUGCUGUGGUUUGGUGUGUGGAAUGUACGCAAUCAAUGCAUUGAUCUUAUCACAAGAACAAGAUUCUCGAUUCUAUUCUCUUUACGCGCGGCUUUGUCCAAAGCUAGGAUCCGUGGCUUUGAUUUAAAAUCAAUGACUAUCAUUUUUUGUUUUUUUUUUUUUGCUUUUUUUAUAUUUUUAUGUUAUUUUUCCAAUUUUAUCCUUUUUUUUUCUC